AUGGAAGCAUCAGAAGAAAGAUUCGAUUUCUUAAAGAUGAUUGAGCUUGCUAACACAAUCUCUGAGAGCUGCGGCAGCAUUAGUAUCGAAAUCUUCUGAGAGUAUUGUGAAUGUAAUGUCCUCAUGCUCAAAAAGAUGGGAAAGUUAGCUGAAUUAGGCUUCUCUGAUAUCAUUACUAAAUGUAAAAUCAUAAAGGAAAAUAGAGAGAAAUGGAUCGAGAAAGGUGAAGAAGUCAAGACAGUUGAGCAAAUCUUUGAGGUCGAAAUUUCUAAUGGUCUUGGAAAAGCUACUGGAAGUAACAACAAUAAAUUAGGGUUCGAUAAAAAAUCUGAAUUCUAUAAACAUAUUGGAUCUUGUAGAAGCAUUGAGAGAUUACUCAGAUUUAUGCUACUCAUGCAAAGAAUUAUUGAGAAUCUGUAUAACGACAAAGAGGAGAAAGUCUCUACAGCUGUUCGCAAAGCAUAUGACCAAGAACUCUCAAGAUAUCAUAGCUUUUUUGUUAGAAAUACAGCAAAAGGAAUAUUUUACAUGCUUCCUAAUAGAGAUAAAUUUUUAAGAAGCAUUACUGAUGACUAUACUCAAUUUCCGGAAGACGAAAUGGAGGGACACAUGAAAACACUGAUUGACACUUCUGAAGUAAUCACCUCAUACAUAAUUAACUUUAUGAAGGAGCAUGACCAUUUCGAGUUACCAUAAAGAGAGUUUGAGCCUUACCAAGACAACGUAUU